UUAAUCUGAUCCAAAAUAUCCCCCCUGCUGCCGCAAUUAUUCUGCCCCCCUCCUCCUCCCCGUCGCGUUCUCGUCACGGCGCCGCCCUCGCCGUCGCGUUAUCGCCUCCGCCCCUCCCCUCUCCUACCCCACGCGAAUAAAGCCGGAGGCGCGCGGCCCAAGCAAAGGCCCCGGUACUUCCCUCUGACGCGCCAAAACGUGACGCCCGCCUCGGUCGGGGCUAGGGUUCGGCUCGGCUCGGUCCCCGCGCCGGCCCCGACGCCGAUGCGCCGCGCAUGGCGGCGGUGAACUACCUCUACGUCGCGGCCGCCUCCGCGGCGGCCAGCGUGGCCGCGCUGCAGUGGUGGGCGGCGUCGCUCCUCGACGAUGAGGCCCGGGUGGGCGGGGGCGGCGACUGGAUCGCGGCCGUGCUGCGGUCGCGGGUGACCGUCGCGCUGCUGGCGAAUCUGGCGGCGCAGGUGUUCCUCGUCCUCGUUCUCGCGCUCAAGACUCUAUUUUUUGUUCAGCUAACUUCUUUAGAGACCAGGAAAGUGUUGGAGCACAUCAUUAACUAUGUAAUUUACAAGGGAACUUUUCUCCCACUGGUUGUGCCUCCUAGUUCUCAACAAAUGAUCCUUUGGUCAACUUGGUUGCUCUUUCUUUGUUCACUGAAGAUGUUUCAAUCAUUGGUCAGAGAACGUCUUGAGCAGCUCAAUAUUUCUCCUUCAGCAACUCCAUCAAAAUAUUUUCGUGUGUACUCUGCAUUGCUGCUGGUUUUAUCAGCUGAUCUGCUAUGGAUGAGGUUCUGUGUAGGGUUCUGCAGCUCCUGUAAUUCCAAAUUAUUUUGCCUCCUGUUCUUUGAGCCACUUAGUAUUGCCUUUGAGACGCUGCAGUCUAUCAUGGUGCAUGGGUUUCAGUUGUUUGACAUUUGGCAGCGACAUCUAAUGGACAGCGGUGCAGACUUUCUUGAUUUCCAAAAAUCUUAUAAGCAAGCAGCAGGAUCUUUUUCUGAAUGGAGAGGAAAGCUUAUCAGGAAUUUCAGUUUUGCCAUUGAUUUGAUAAGUUUGUUGAUGUCACUUGGUCAUUACUCAAUGAUCUUUUGGCUCCGUGGUAUGGUGUUUCAUCUGGUUGAUGCAGUUCUCUUAUUGAACUUGCGUGCUCUUAUAGUUUCAUUUUUGAAGCGCAUUAAGACUUACAUCAAGUUACGGAAGGCACUUAGUUCACUUGAUGGAGCACUUCCAGAUGCUACAUAUGAUGAAAUUUGCGCUUAUGAUGAUGAGUGUGCCAUCUGCAGGGGACCAAUGGCUCGAGCUAAAAAGUUGUCCUGCAACCAUCUAUUUCAUCUAGCUUGCUUGCGAUCUUGGUUGGAUCAAGGACUAAUGGAAGGUUACUCUUGUCCAACUUGUCGAAGACCACUCUUUCUGUCAUCUGAAGUACAUACGAGGGCUACGACCACCGAGGUAGCAAAUGUUCAGCGAAUUGCGGAACAGCUUAAUAUGGGGUUGAAUCAGCAGAGGGUUCCUGGUAAUGAACAUCCCAUUGGACAGCAGAACCCUUCAGAUGCUGUUUGGAGAGGUGCUGGUCUUGAUGCUAGCUGGGUUCCACCAUGGUCAAACCCUGGGAUGGACGAUCCCAGUUCCUCUACUGCAGUGAGAUCAGUAGGUCUUACUGGAGUUCAGAUGAUGAUGAGGCAGUUGGCUUCUGUGACCGACAAUUAUGGGCAUGCUGAUGCCACCUGGAACCUAUGGCCUGAGCCAGUGGCUGGGUCCUCGCUUGUUCCAUCAUCUUCUGCGAUGUCUGAUAGUGCAUCUGGUGCUGGAUUGCGGCUCCGAGGCACUGCAGGAGCUAGAAAUGGAAGUAUUUCGGAGGUACUCACCAUGGUAGAUAGAGUACGGGAAGUUUUACCUCACAUCCCUGACGAGCUAAUUAUAGAGGAUUUGAUGAGGACGAACAAUAUAAAUGCUACUGUGAAUAAUCUCCUGCUGAUGCAAUAGUAGAUAAGUUGGCGAUACAACAUAUAACUAUGAUGUUUACUGGCAAAGCUUAUAUGAAAGGGCUGUAUAGUUAAACACGAGCCUGGGUGUCAAAACACUCUUGGUUCCUGUAAUAAGCGCUUUUUUGUUUAUUUUGUUCCCACUGGUUUGUAUAGCAACCAUAGUUGUAUAAUAUUAUGCUCAGUAUGCUGUAGGUUAGUGUAUGUAGAAGUAUGUAGAAAGAUAUCAUCCAAAUAAAAUUGCUUUGAGAUAGCAUGUACCGUUGGGUUACAUUUCUAGCUUACUCCAACUCGCUUGGGACAAAAGGCUAUGUUGUUGUUGUUGAGACAGCAUGUACCUGUCUCUUAUUGAUGAGAAAGUACUGAUAAUCCUGUA